AUGCGCGGGUGGAGGUUGACGUGGACAGGCCUGACGUGGUGUCAGUGGCCGUGGUGCCCAGCCUACCAGGGCCUGACACAGAGGUCGGUGCAGAGCAUCUCUCUUCCUGGCUGCCUCCCACUCACCACCACCGCUGCUUUCUCUCUUCCCCUCAUUUCCCUCUCUUUCCUCCUCACCCCCAUCCCCCCUACCGUCUCUUCCCCUUCCGACCGCCCCUCUCCCCUCCAGGCGGUGCAGCAGGGCACAGCAGUGGUGCGCGUGAGGGUGCAGCCAGGGGCAGGGCGAGGGACACGUGGCAACCUGCCAUUGGUGGACUUUAUCACUGUGCAAGUGGGCGCGUACGUGUUCCCUCGGGAUCCCCUUGUCCCUCUGGGUGCCUCGCUCAACUUCUCCCUCUCACACCGCCACCAUCACCAAGCCAUGGGGGGCAGCAGGGGCGGCAGGUGGGAGAGUGGCAACAGCAGUGUGGUGGCAGUGGAUGGCAGCACGGGGGAGGCACGGGCCGUGGGGGAGGGCACCACUGUCGUGAGCUUCAAUGCAUCGCGCCUGACGUCAUACACGAGGGUCACGGUGCUGCCAGUGGCGUCACUGCUGGUUUCCCCUCCGCCCUCCACGCUUCUCCUCUCCAACGCGCCUCCUCUCGCUGCGGCCGCCCGCCCCUUCCACUUCCCAGUCCAGUUCAGCGCACAAGUUCUUGCCCACUCUGUGUCAUUUCCCACUUCUGGGUCCAUGCUUCCUCCAUGCUCCCAUGCGCCCAUGCCUGUCGCCCAUCCUCGUACUCACAGGGACUCGCGAGGCCAGCCCAUGGGACGACCCGUGGGGUCCCCAGACGUGCCCUUCUCAUGCCACGUGGCCCCCAGCAUGCUCGGCACGGCCGUGCCCCGCUUUGACACCGCUUUAAACUCCUACAUCUGCUCCUUCACCCCCGCCUCUCCCACUCGCAUCUUCUCCGCUCUCACCCAAGCCUCCUCCUCCUCGUCAUCGUCAGCAGCAGCAGCAGCAGCAGCAGGGGGGGCGAAGUUGGGAGGAGCGAACAGAGACGGGGAGGGCAGUGGGGGAGGGGCAGUGGUGGUGGUGGUGGCGGCAGUGGUGGAGGCAGGGGCAGCGCAGGGUGCUCGCCCGCCUGUGAGAGGAGAGGCUGCUGUGCCGUUCGUGGGGGGCUUUGAUGUGCUGGGCGCAGGCGAGAUCUCUCUGUCUCUCGCCGCCAACACCACCACCAUUCGCCUCGUUGGAAACACAACACCAACAACGAUCAAGCUGGACGUUUGCAUUGCUGCCCUCACAGCAGACUGGUUGUUUUCCUGUCACUCCAACUUCAUCCUCUCCCCCACUGCAGGCUCGGUGCAAGUGGCAUGGAGGCAAAGAGCGUCACUGGUGGUUAGGAGGACAGGCCCUGUGUCAGGGCAGGGUGUGAAGGGAGGCAGGCACAGCACUCGUGCUGCCAGUGCGCUCCGCAGCACCUCACCUGCCCCAGAAGGGCUUGCGGCCCUGGCAGAUGAGACAGUGUUUGCCGUCCAGGUUGUGCUGGGGGACCAUGCUGACCACGCACGUGCAUCGUUUGAAGAUGACAUCGUGUUCACUCAUCUCGGCACAGGGCAAAGGGAGACAGUGCAUGUGACCUUCAAUGCAGCUGCUGCCCCCGCCACCCUGGUCCCCCUCAACCUGCUGUGGCUCGCUGCACUCACCGCCGUCGUCGCCUCGGCCAUCCUCCUCCUCCUACACCUCGUCAGCCCCGCCCAACCCUACAUCCCCCACCCACAGCCCCCACCCUCGCCUCUCCCCACGCCGUCUCCUCAGCGCCCAGGGUCUGCGUUCCACACGCCAGGGUCCAGUGCGUUCUCUCCAGUGUCCCCUUACAGCCAGAUGGGGUCGCCGAGUCCCGAGUAUGUGAGCUAUGCAGGCCGCACCAUUCACCGGGCUCCAGGGUAUACCAAUCCUAUGGAGGACCCUCGUAGCAUGUACUGA